AUGAAGUUUGUUGUAGCUGUAGCAUCAUUAAGAAAUCAAUGGAAGCUUACAGGUAAUUGUCAAAUGAUUCCUCUUGGUAAAGGUUUUUUCAUAAUUAAACUGGAUAAUGAAAUUGGCAUGAGAUAUGUUUGGAAUGGAUAUUGGAUGGUUGAAACACAAGCUUUAAAGUUGAGGGAAUGGGAACCAACUUUUAAUCCAGCCGCUCAAAAAGUAACUACUACCUUUGUUUGGAUUCAUUUUCCUGGUUUGGGUAUGGAGUAUUGGAAAGAAAAAAUCAUUAUGGAUCUAGGUGAAAGAUUUGGCAGAGCUAUAAAAGUGGAUGAAACUACUUUGAAGAGAGAAGUAUGGUAUUAUGCUAGUGUUCUUGUGGAAGUUGAUUUAUUAAGAUAUAUUCCAAAUCAAAUUGUUGUUAAGACAAAGUAUUGGAGCUUUACUCAAGAAGUUCAAAUUCCUCAAGUACCUAAAUUUUGUAGUCAUUGUAAGGUGGUAGGUCAUUUGGCAUCUGAAUGCAGAACAAAUAAUGAUAAUUUUAAGUUUGGAAGGGAGCAAACAAGAAAGGAGAUAAAACAGUGGAGACCAAAAGAGAAAAGUAAGACUGGUUUUGAUAUCUGUUUCACUAAUGAAGAAAAAGCAAUGGAGCAACAAGUUUAUGAUUUACUAGUUAGUGAAGAUGAAGUAAUUGAUGAUGUUGUGCCUCCAUUACUAUAUACUGAGGAAAAACUGGAUAGUAUUAUGGAUAAGCAAUUUACUCUGGAUAUUCAAAAGGAUUUUCCUCUUUUAUCUGCAGAAAAGCUACUCAAUGUAGCUUCAGUUACUUUUCAGAUGCCCUCUAAAACAACUGAGAAUGUAUCUAGUGGAUCCAUAUGA